UUUUUAGAAGAAUGUUUCAGCUCUGUAGGUCCAUACAAUACAAGUGAAUGGUGACCAGAACUUAAGACUCCAGCGAUCCAAUCGGUUUUGGAAGACAUGGAUUAAAUCACUGGCGUCAUAUGGAUUACUUUUAUGCUGCCUUUGUGUGCUUUGUGAAGUUUCACAGAGCUGAAAUAUUCUUCUAAAAAUCUUAAUUUGUCUUCAGGAGAACAAAGUAAGUCAUACACAUCUGUAAUGGCAUGAGGAAAUAACUUAAUUGCAGAUAUGUCACAGAGCGAUGCAUUAAAUGAUGAUGACCUCGAGAAAUCGGGGGAAUCACUCAUUGAGUUCAUCAAGAGCAGCAAGGCAGAGAGCGCCCUUCAAGGAGCGAGAGAGAAGCUGCAGGAGUUCUUUGACCAUCACAUCAAGACCAAGAAGACCACAACCGAGAUCUUAAAUAGUCUUGUGCAUGCAGAGGAGGUGGUCAGCCAGAAGCUGAUAAAUUUAGAGGGACAGCAGAGCCAGGUUAUGCAGGAGAUCGAGAGAGUGGAACAGGAAGUGCAAAGAAGCCUGUCCAAAAGUCACAACCUCAAAUCAGAGCAGGAAUUCUUACAGAGAGAGUUGGAAAGACUACGAGAUGCUGAGCAAGAAAUUCAAACCCUGCAACAAGAAGUGGACGAGGACACAACUGAGGUCAUCCCUUCAGCAAUAUACAUUGCUCAGCUCUUCUACAAAGUUACCAAGAUAAAGCUAGAGGUUGACACAGAGCCACAUAUACUGAGGGGAGUUCACUAUGGUGCUGAUGUUGCCACCCCCAUCAACAUAGACACAACUGCUCGUUCCCCCUGUGAGGUUAGCGACGAGCUGUGGAGCCUGGUUAAUACCGAAUGGUAGAUCCGGUGCACGUGUAAUCACUUUUAGUCGUGAAACAUCUGUUUGUUGUUUUUGUAUUUAUAUGUAUGUUUCUAUGUCAAUAUAUAUGUGUUGUGUGUUUGUUAAUAAAUUUGACUCUCAUGCUACUUUUGAGUCCACACCACAAGAUGUCACUAUACAUCCACAAAGUUCCUCCCCUUGCUGAAAAUGCACAUUUUGCAUUCCUGGAAUAGCUUUUUGUGAGUAUUUUGAUAUUAGGCUCCCCUGCAUUUCAGAGGAAUAAAUCAGAUUCUAUGAAAUUUUUUGAAAACAUUUUUAUUCAGUGUUAGUAAAGACAAAUUAUACUGAAUUACAUAUUCUACUGUUAAUACUAUUAAUCCAUAGAGAGUUUGGGAGGAAAAAAAAAGAAAUAUCCUCUGUUAAAAAUACCUAAAGCGUAUUUUAAAAUACAGAGGCAGGUGGGUUGUAUCUUGCAUUAUAUCUUGUGAAUGACCAUAGUGUAUUUCUGUUUUGCUUUUGGUGUGAAUAGAUCGCCCAUUGAAAGUUUGUUUCACUUUUUCUUUUCAUUCAUGGUGUGCUGAAGCCUACGUAGAUCGUUUAUUUUUCAUUUAUGCUGGCUAGCAGCAUGGAAGUAAUAUUAAAGGAAUAUUCCAGGUUCAAUACAAAUUAAGCUGUAUUGCUGCAUUUGUGCCUUUUAAACCCUCCAAAAAUUGCCCCCAGUCACUUCCAUUGUAAGUGCCUCACCGUAACAGUGAUUUUUGCUGUUUUUAAAGAAAAGGAGGGAUGAGUCGAAAUACAUUUUUGUGCAAAAAAAUGGCACAAGUACUGUUGAUUCAGCUUAACUUGUAUGAAACCUGGAAAUGUUCCUUUAAUGAUUUAGAUUUAAGGCACUGACUCAAGUCAAUAAAUCAUUACUCACCACUGGACACCUAAAAAACUAAUGAAAACUGAAAUAUAUGAUACUAUAUAUUUUUAUAACAUGUAGUGGAGUGAGACACUCUGGUCAUGAUUCAUGCAGAUAUAUUACAUUUAUUUUAUAAUAUUAAAUACUUCAUUUCUUAAGUUAAUUUUAUGUAUGUAUGCACAAUAAAAUAGCAAUAUAUUUAAAUUUGUCCGUUCACAAAAUUUUACUUGUAUAUAUUUAAUUGGCAUCAGUGAAUAUGGAUAUUCAGCUGUCAGCCCACCAUGUUUGCAUGACCAAUUUAACAUUUGUCUAACUUCAGAAAUGAGUCACAACAACCUUGUUUCUGAGGUGCAGAGGCAAGCUGGUAAACAUCCGGUCUGGCACGAGUGACUUUUUUGCAGGGGUUUUUUGCAAAGACAGAUCGGUGAGAAAAAAUUUUGUGUGGCUCAUGCCCUGUGAAAAGACAAAAC